GCAGAAAUACGUUUUAAGACCGAACCGUCAGAGAAUACAGGGAACAUUAAUGAAAACAGAAAGCAAGGGGAUUGGACAAGAAGUUUUAAACUCAUCUGACUCCUAUAACGCAAGACAUUAUGAGUUUGAGCCCUUCAGUAAAAAUGAGCGGACCGAAGAAAAGAAAAGUAGACAGUGAGUGCCGAGUGUUUAAUAAAGAGUGGACAACAAAAUAUUUUUUCGCUGAAGUCCGAUCAAUGGCUGUAUGUCUGAUAUGCCAAGAAACUGUAGCGGUUUUUAAAGAAUACAACAUCAGCCGUCAUUUUGCCACAAAACAUGCUAACUACGCUAGCAAACAGUCUACACAAGAACGGGCGGCUACGGCUCAGAGAUUGAUGGCUAAUUCACAGACUCAGCAAAAAAAUUUUCACAGACAAACUGCGAUUCAAGAGUCAAGUACCAAGGCAAGUUUUUUGCUGGCAUUCAAAUUAGCAAAGGCUAGUAAGCCUUUCUCCGAAGGCGAAUUUUUAAAAGAAUGCAUGGUUGAGACAGCAGGUCUCUUGUGUCCGGAGAGCAAAGGCAAGUUUGAAAAAAUCAGUUUAUCACGCAGAACUGUGACUCGCCGUGUGGAACUGAUUGACGAAGAUAUAGCCAGCAAAUUAAACAAAAAGGCAGAGUCCUUUAAGUUUUUUUCACUAGCACUGGAUGAAAGUAACGACAUAAAAGACACUGCUCAGCUCCUAAUUUUUAUCCGAGGGAUUAACGACAGUUUUGAGAUUACGGAGGAGUUUUUGACCAUGGAGUCCCUGAAAGGAAAAACGCGGGGAGAGGACUUGUAUAACCAGGUGUCUGCUGUCAUCGAGAGAAUGAAGCUACCUUGGAGUAAACUUGCCAAUGUCACCACGGAUGGAUCGCCAAAUUUAACUGGAAAAAACGUUGGGCUACUAAAAAGAGUCCAGGAAAAAGUAAAAGAGGAAAAACCUGAUCAGGAUGUUAUUUUCCUUCACUGCAUCAUUCAUCAGGAAGCUCUGUGUAAGUCUAUAUUGCAGCUAAAUCAUGUCGUGAAUCCAGUCGUAAAACUUGUUAACUUUAUACGAGCAAGGGGACUUCAGCAUCGUCAGUUUAUUGCGUUCCUGGAAGAAACCGAUGCAGAUCACCAGGACUUACUUUACCACUCUCGUGUCCGCUGGUUAAGUUUGGGCAAAGUGUUUCAACGAGUGUGGGAGCUCAAGGAGGAGAUUGGUGCAUUUUUGGAGUUAAUGGGGAGAUCCGACGAAUUUCCCGAGCUAAGCGACAAGAACUGGCUUUGUGACUUUGCGUUUGCUGUAGACAUAUUUUCGCACAUGAAUGAGCUGAACAUGAAGCUACAGGGGAAAGAUCAGUUUGUGCACGACAUGUACACAAAUGUUAGAGCCUUCAAAUCCAAGCUGACUCUUUUCUCCAGACAAAUUUCAAACAAAUCUUUCGCUCAUUUCCCCACACUAGCCAUGCAGAAAGAGGCAAUCCGAAACGCGAAGAAAUACAGCAAAUCACUGGACGACCUGCACGGAGAAUUCUGCCGUCGGUUCUCUGAUUUUGAAAAAAUUGAAAAGUCACUUCAGCUGGUGUCCUGUCCCCUGUCACAAGACCCUGAAACAGCACCACUGGAGCUGCAGUUGGAACUGAUCGAUCUUCAGUCUGACUCCGUCUUAAAGGAGAAGUUCAACUCUCUUAAACUGAACGACUUUUAUGCUUCACUUAACGAAGCCACGUUUCCAAACCUCCGGAGGAUGGCACAGAAGAUGAUGACGUUGUUUGGCUCAACCUAUGUAUGUGAACAGACAUUCAGCGUCAUGAACAUCAACAAAGCCCGUCACAGAUCCAAGUUAACUAACCAACACCUCGGAUCUAUCCUGAGAAUUGCCACAACAAAACUAACUCCAGACUUUGAUGCACUUGCAAAAAAAGGAGAUCAACAACACUGUUCCCACUGAAACUGAA